AUGUCCUCCAAACAGCUGACUCCUACACAAUUGAAAGUGCUGAGUCAUGAAGCUUACUUCAACACCGCAGACGCCGAUCCGGUCAAUCUCGUGGCCACAGUUGGGUCAAUCCUCAAACAAACCGGGGAACCGGACGAGACAACGCAUCUCAUUCGGCAACGGGUUACCUCCUCGGUGAUGGCGCACAAACCACGUUCAAUUAUUACCAAAGCGGAGCAGAGUGCUCUCAAGGCACUCAGGAAUGGCACCAGCAUUGUAAUACUACCGGCAGACAAAGGGCGUUCCACGGUAGUGCUGGAUAAGACAAACUACGUUCAGAAGGCCAACGCUCUGCUGGAGGACCGACAGGCGUACCUCCCAUGUGGUGAGGAAUCGAUAAAGACGUUAGUGACGCAACUGGAGAAGACGCUCGCCAACAUGCAAUCAAACAAAGCAAUGAACAAAUAG